AUGAUGCUCUUCUCUUCCUCUCAUGCGUAUUGUCUUUUGGGUAUCUUUGUUCUCUCUUUGCUUCUCAGACCUGUUCUGGUCUAUAGCAGGGAUCCACUAGGUCUCCGAAAAUACCCUGCACCUAGCUGGUUGGCAGCUCUAACGCCGCUCUGGUUGGUCCGUGCUACAUGGUCUCAGAAUAGGUCUAGGAUCAUCCAUAGAGAGUUUCAGCGACUUGGAGAUGUGAUACGUGUUAGCCCCGACCACAUCAUUUUCAACGAUCCGGCUGCGGUGAAAGAUAUCUACGGUGUCCUGGCCAAUUCCCAAGGUGUGCACAAGGAUGCCUUUUACGACCGAGUAGCCAGUGACACUCAUGAUCUCGUACAACUACGCGACCGUGGGGAGCAUUCCAGCCGUCGUAAAGCGAUUGCGAAUGCGUUCGCGGCCAAGACGGUGGUCAAUAUGGAAUCGGUGAUCAGAUAUCACUUCCACCAGCUCCUCAGAAGGAUUGACCAGGAGAUCGAAAAGGAGGUUACUGGAAAGGAGUCAUUCUUGAACUUGCGGCUAUGGUUUAACUAUUUCACGCUUGAUGUCAUCGGAGAUAUGGGAUUUGGCCGCCCGAUGGGGUUUCUUCAAAGCAUGUCCGAUAGGACAGAGGCAGAAACCCAGGACGGGAAAAGAUAUCUGGUGAUGAAUAUGAUCGACAGCCUUCACAAAGGGGUGCGGUACGGGUUAUCUAUGGGAAAUGUGACCUCACAUCGCCUCAUCCAUUUCCUGAAACGUGUUGUGGAUCUCUUCCCACCUUUGGCAGUUCGCUUGGGAAGCACUGGUGGCAGCGACUUCGAAGACAUCUGUAUCCACAAGCUCCGCACACGCCUUCUUGAAGGAGCGCCAAACCGUGUGUCAGGGGAUUUCAUGAAAUAUAUUUUGGAGGAUAAGAAGCGAUCGAGCGAGAGCAACUCCUUCUCGCACGAGCAGUUCCGCUCUCUUGUUGCGGACACAAUGAUGAUGAUGAAUGCCGGCUCAGACACCACCGCGUCCGCACUUACCUCAACUACUUGGUAUCUGCUCAGGCACCCACAAGCAUUGACCAGACUACGUAAAGAGCUCUCCGACCAUAUAGGGCGUAUGGAGACAAGCGGACUCUCAGCGGACGAGUCUAUUUUCGCCUAUGACGUCGUAAAGGAUCUUCCCUUCCUGCGCGCUUGUAUUGACGAGUCUCUUCGCCUGAGAUCACCAUUAGCCUACCAGCUGCCGCGCCUCGUGUCUCGUCCCACCAUCAUUGCCGGACAUAAAAUCAUGCCCGGUACUGUGGUCGCUGCUGCUCCGUACUCUAUUCACCGCCACGCUUCUCUUUUCCGUGACCCGGACGAGUAUUGCCCGGAGCGCUGGGUCGACUUUGACGAAGAUUUUCCCAAUCAGAUAGAGGACCUGAAAAAGUAUAACAUCGUUUUCAGCCAGGGAAGUCGGGCCUGUAUUGGACGGCACUUAGCAAUCGUCGAGCUGCAAAUGCUUAUUCCCACGCUUGUGAUGAGGUAUCAUAUGGAGCUCGAACAGAAGAGUAAGACGGAAUUGAAGGUUUUUGAGAGAUUUAACAGCAACCCUGGGCCAAUGCUGGUGAGUCUUAGAAAGAGGACCACAUCUGGGUAA